GCUUGUCUGUAAAGUAACAAACUUUUUUGGUCACUUUGAGAGAAUCAAGAGGUAUCAUUAUAAAGCUGUACAAAAGGGUUGGUGAAAGCCAUCACAUUUUCUGAAACCUUUAAAGAAACUGAUGUGACAAGAAGAAAGAAUUUUGAAGAAGCAAGUAGGCUAUAUGAGGAGCUUGGUGUAUAGGAAGAUGUGGUGGGUUGUACAUCGACGGAUGAACAAGAGGAACUUAAAUCGUGAUUGUGAGAAUAAGAGAAUAUGUGAGUUGGGGAAAGACUUGGAGGAGAUACUCAAGGGAAGGCUCGAGACGAUAGAGGAGGAACCCGAAGCAGAAGAGCGAGAGUGGUUAGGAGACUCACAGACACAGAAGCCAAUAUUGGUUAAGGCUAAGAUGAGAGUGGAGAAAGGAAAGGCAAUAGUAAAAGCAAAAGUGAAGAGUGGAAAGGUGUUUUACAUGUUGUGUGUCAUUGGCUUAGCCUCUAAACGGGGGUUUAAUGAUCUUCCACCACAUCUCAUAUUGAGACAUGACAACUACAACCAAACCGACCUCAUCUCUGCCAUGUCCGAUAUGAGAAGGCAAUCUUACAACGGUUUUGUCAUCCUUCUCCGUUUCCUCAACGAUACAGAUUACUUCAGGAACACAGAUAUCACUUUCUUGAUGCCUAGCGACAACGAUCUUUCUCAUGCAGACAUACAUCAAGAGAAUCUUGAGUCAUUUAUCCUAAGACAUACGAUCCCUGCGUGGCUUAUGAUCAACCACAUGCUUCAUUUCCCUAACAGAACUCUUGUUCCUUGUAGCGUGUCGUCUGAUAAAAUGUUCACCAUCACAAAAUCUGGAGGGUCCGGUAUAUAUGUGAACAAUGCGAGGAUCGUUACUCCUAAUGUUUGUCAGAAUUCUCGUAUAUCUUGCCAUGGAAUCAGCGACGUUAUUACAUUCAACCAAGACUCUUUUCCGACGAAAAUGUUGUCAUCAGAUCUUAGAAACAUAAGUUCGCGGAGGCAUUGAAGCUUUCUCUUUGUCUCAUAAGAUUCCGAGGGUGUAAUUAAAGACUAUCUUCUAAUGUUUCCAAAAUAAUAACAGUUUUAGAUUUCUGAUAGUCAUAUGUACGAGUUGAAGUGUGCCAAUUUUUAGUUUGCAUGUUGUUGCAAAGUUUUAUUUAUCAAAUAUAAUGGAAAAACAAUAAUUCACCCUCUAAGUCUAAGGGUCCGAAUGGUAACA